AUCAAGCCUUCAGCUAUUUCAGGUUUGUAGGAAGUGGAGAGUCAGCCGUGACAUGGAGGCAGGCUCACUAUCGGGGAAGUGAACUAAGUUACUGUUUUCACUGAUUCUAACAAAACAAGUACAGGACCUAAUGGCCAUGGAUACCUUUGCCACCCUGGCUUGUUGCCUUCUGGCACUUUCCUUUGCUGUGGCGCAAACAGAAAAUGGGAGUUUGACUACAAUCGCACCUACAAUAUCAACCCCUGAUGUAAACCUGACACACACUACUACAAUGGCAUCUAACUCUACCGUACCUGUGACUGUUAUCUCAAACUCGACUGAGAACGCGACUCCGUUUACCAACACGACCCACAACAAUGAAACAUUCACCAAAACUACAGCUGCUACAACGGAGAGCACAAGUCAUCUCCAGACUUCUCAGCCAACAACCAUCAUGACUCCUCUGACAAAUAGCACAUCACUGACGAAGACAACACCUGGAAAUCACACUCCAACAUUUAACGCACCGACAACGCCAGCAAUGCAGACGACAGAAGCUAACAUAAGUACACCCGAUACUACAGUAAUUACAACUGCAAAUUUGUCUUCCACUGUCUACACAACCUCAGAUUCACUGAACAGAACCACACAAGGUUUGCGUCUAAACAUGUCAGAAAAGAAUAUGACUAUUCUCUUCAGCGUUGUACUUGGAGUGUUUGCUACGGCCGUGGUUGUGUUCAUGUUUCAUCAAUGCAAACAGAAAAUCCAAUACUUGCACCAACCUCUUAACAACACUGAUGACACGGAUGCGUUUGUGGCAGACGAUGACACACUCGUAAUCUCUGGAGGACUUUAUGAUGGCCAUCCAAUAUACGACAAUGUACCAACACCCUCAGCAGACCAAUCUCAGUUCCGCCUCGAGUUCCUUCAUUAAGAAGAGAGUUCGUACACUUUGGGAUCACCUUUGGUGCUUGACAGGCUUGAACAAAACUAAUCAUCCUCACCCGUUAAUUACUACGAUUUCAAGACUGAAAUGUCCCCACUGUGAAAGUCUACUUCUUGAUGAGAGACUAAUGGCAGAGAGGAAGGGACAACGACGAUGGACAAAACAUUCAAACAAGGACGAUGCUGAUUGAUUGAACAUUUUAUUAAUCAAUGUCAAUAUUAGGAUACAUGAAUAUAUUAAAUUUAUAUGUUAAGAUUAUAACAGCUACACCUUUUCUCACACCACCAAUAUAAACUUGUGCAGAAUAAAUGUCAUUUCAUUUGAAGUAUUAUUACACACAACACAAUGAACUACACUAAAAUACUGAAAAACAUAGAAGGUGACUCUACAGUCACUUAAAAUCUUCUUUAACAAACUGGAAUAUGAACACCUAAAUCUUCAACAAUACCGUUUAACUGAACCAUAACAAUACUUUCUAUGCAUGUUGAGAAACAAAGUUGGAAGCUGGAACAUGAACACCUUAACUUCUAAACUUGAUGACCCGUAACAGGACUAUUUACGCAAAGAUCUUCUCAUUGGUCUUCUUCUUUUUUUGGUCACAGCCAGUAACAGCAGUCCAACCUGCAUCUCUCAUUCUCUUCAUCGCAGCUAGCUUCAAGAGGUUCCCUGGUGAUUUAUUUGUGACAGGACUCUGCUUCUGAAAGUGUGCAUGCAUUUUCAUCAAUGAAUGAAUUGUUCUUUGUCAUAUUAUUUUAAAAUAACACCACUAUGGUUAUUUUACCUUUUUGAAGAUGUUGAGUUUGCAACGUGGAGCAGAGAUAUUGGGUGCCCCUGUAAAGCUCUAUCAAAAAGAGGAACAGAAGGCCGAAUCAGCUCUCCUGGCCAUCUUGCACAAACGGUAAAAUGAACAAGUCUAACAGGUUUAUGAUAUUGUAUUCUUCUGACAAAUAAACC